UGUACGCUAUUUUCCUACUGACCCUUAUACUACUGAUUUUCUGUCUCCACAGUUGACCCCCAGGGUAUCACAGGGAUCAACUGUCACACACCACUCCAGCAGGAAGUCAAGAAAUCAGACUUGGACAUAUUUUAUUUGUGAUAGUGGAGUAUUUUCUCUGGAUAUAUGUGUAAACACAAAAGCUCAGCCUCCGCAGCCAUAAGGGAUGAUGUAAAGUUACAGUUGGUGAUGGUGUGAUAGGGACAGCCAUGCAGACUUGGUCAAAUGACAGCCAUAUUUAAGGACAUUUACAGAGAAUGAUACUGCCACGUGUCGCAUAAUGGUCUGAAGGACAUGCUUCAAUUUUGUAUUGUUAAGAUACCUGCUGGAUAAUCACUGGGAAUUAUAGAACUGGAACAACUCAAAUUAUUUCAAAUUCAACAAAAGAUUUCAGGAUGGAUAAAUCAAGGACAUUGGGAUCAACAGACAAACUUUGUUACUUUGAUCUGUUUCUGUUGGUCUCCAUUCUCUGUGCUAUAUUACCUUAUUCAGGUGCUAUGAUAGUAACAACAUGUGGAAAUUUACGUCCCAAAGAUCUUCAAGUGGAUACAGCUUAUGAGGGUGACAUCAUGGCACCAGAGAAAUUAUAUUACAGAUAUUUACAUAUAGAUGAAGCUUCUAAUUCGUUAUUUGUAGGAGCUAUGAAUCAUAUAAUUCGCUUGAAUGUAGCCAAUAUUUCUAAGAAAUUUGAUCACUACAAAUUAAAAGUUCUAGCUACAGAUACUCAAAUAAGUUAUUGUAAAUAUGACGCUAAACCAGAGUUUCCAGAUUGCCAGAAUCAUAUUCGAUUUAUAGAAAGAUAUAUGACGUCAGAUCCAAACCAGAUCUAUUUCUGUGGGACAGGUGCCAUGCGGCCUCUUGGCUACACCCUAAAUAUUGAUGUAAUGGAGACGAGGGAAAGCCAGGGUAUCAGCGCAGAGUCCAUGUGUCCCAAUGAUCCAUUCCAAAACUCAACCGCGCUUUAUGUUGAAAGUGGAAAUCCUGGCAAUGUGUCAGCCCUCUACUCUGGAACGAGUGCCUCUGGGCGGCCAUUUAUCUACAGACCACGUCUCAUGGACAAUGGUGUGGAGUCCAGUGGUUACAUGAAGACAGUGGAUGAUGACAUUUGGAUAAACAAGGGACAGUUUGUUGGCUCAUUUGACAUGGGGGACAGUGUUUACAUCUUCUUUAGAGAAGUAGCAUUGGAGUUUACCAACUGUGAGAAGCGGGUCUUCUCCAGAGUGGCCAAGAUCUGCAAGAGGGACCAAGGAGGAGCCAGAAGUAUCCUGCGUAACAGAUGGACAUCAUUCCAGAAGUCCAGACUUAAUUGUUCAAUUCCUGGUGACUUUCCAUCAUAUUUUGAUGAAAUCCAGGAUGUGGAGCGAGUCGGUGACAUAUUCUAUGGCCUCUUCACUACCAAUGUGAAUGGUAUAUCAGCCUCAGCUAUCUGUGCCUACAAUGUCAGUGAUAUUCUGAGGUCCUACAGGGGAAGAUUUAAAUCACAAGCCAGUACUAACACUAACUGGCUUCCAGCGGACAACGAACCUGCUAACUGGCCUAAUAGACCACCAAAUUGUAAUAAUAAUUCAAAGGACCUGUCUGAUGUCAUUUUGUCGUUUAUUCGGUUAAACCCCCUUAUGGACGAGGCAGUUCAACACCUUAAUGGGAAACCAAUAUUCUAUGAGAUGGGUACACAGAUGCACCAGUUAGAGGUCGCACAUGAUAUCAAUAUGGAAAACGAAGUUGUUUUCUUUGCAUCAACAAGUAAAGGUCAGAUCUACAAGAUAUUCCUGGAACAGGGUUCUAAACAGGGCAUUAUAUCUAGUGUAUACAACCUCUUUAACAUUCCUGAACCAAUAUGGGCAAUGAAACUGAAGGGAGAGAAUAUCUAUGUUGGAUCUGACACUGCAGUCAAGCAAGUUAAUAUAGUCACUUGUAGCAGAUACGAUAAGACUGACACCUGUGCGCAUGAUCCCUUCUGUGCCUGGAAAAUAGUUCCUGGAGAAUGUAUCAGAAUGGACAGAAGUUACUUUAAUGAACCAAGCUAUUACACUUACAAGAAUAUUGACAGUUAUACCCCAGAAGCACCUAUGGAUGAUAAGGUAAGAACGAGGGGCAGCUCUAUAGCACUGGACAUCUCCUAUAUGAAAUGUACCAUACAGCGCUCCGUCCAAUGGAAGUACAGGAAAAAUUCGGACUCAAACCCUACUGACAUUGAUUUUGGAGGCCGUGGAGAUCAUUUUCACGUUGACCCCAAAGGUUCACUGAUCUUGACUGAUAUUCAACCUGACCAUAAAGGAAUUUACAGUGCAGUGGACGAAAUGGGCAAUGUUUUGUCGGAGUACAAUCUAAAUGUUUUAGAAGACAAUGGUGACAUAGAAACAGAAUGGAAAAGGAAAUUUGAGGAAUGGUGUGAUGAAUUUGAAAAGCAGAAAAAGAUUAGGGAAUUAUGGGAAAACACCUGUACCGGUUCUUAGUCAAAAAAUCUUACUUCCAACAUACAAGGACAAUCUGACAGAUACUGACCAACAACAACUGGUCAGUUCUAUACAAAUGCCAUAUACACAUCAUAUCAGUCUUCCAGCAUACCAAGACAGUCCAACAGGCCUAAAGGCCAGGAAACAUUAAUAAAUUCUACACAGAUAUCAUAUACACAUCAUAUCAGUCUUCCAGCAUACCAAGACAGUCCAACAUCAAUAGUGCCAGAUAUAAACAAGAACCUGAAAUUCACAUAUAGAUGUAACCAAGACACAGAAAAAAAAGUAUUUGUACUGUUCUUACUCUACCUGAUGUGGGGAUUGGUAGAGUUAAAGCAUACAGAGAUGGUUUUCUAAGAAAUUAUGUAGUUUUUUUAUUCAUUUUUAGUUUGCACAUAUGAUGUGAAAGUUUUAGAAAUACAUUUCAAAACACUGACCAACACUAGUUGAGAUAGACUGAAUUGUGUGUAUAAAUGGCUGAAGGAACACGGCUAACACUUCCGAUGUUCCCUGUGUAACCAGCCCCAGUCAAGACCUGUAGGACUUGGUUUGUUAGGGCUUGGCUUGAUGCAGUCUUUUAAAUGGAACCAUUGUUAAAGGACGGGACAUGAUAUCAUUGCGUUGGGAUAACACAUUAUGACAUUAGUGUAUCCUGUUAUUGGACUAUCAUGUGGUAUCUAAGGAGAUUUCUGUUUGCAGUAAUCAGGUAAACUUUGUCUACACCAGAUGUGGUUCCAACACCAGACAUGGUUCCUCUGUUUGCAGUAUCGAUUCUACAGCAUUGGAUGUGGUUCCAACACCAGAUGUGGUUCCUAUGUUUGCAGUAUCGAUUCUACAGCAUUGGAUGUGGUUCCAACACCAGAUGUGGUUCCUAUGUUUGCAGUAUCGAUUCUACAGCAUUGGAUGUGGUUCCUAAACCAGAUAUGAUUCCUUCGUUUGAAGUUACCACUGAUCAACACCAGUUGUGGUUCCUAUGUUUGAAGUAUCAAUUCUACAGCACCCAAUGUGGUUACUUCGAAUGCUGCAAAAUUGCUGCACUAUUCUUGGAUGUAUCUUUGACUCAGAGAAUAGUGCUUGGUAAAUAAUUCUUUGUCAAAGGUCAAUUUUAAACUUAAUUCUUUGAUGAGACAAUGCAUUAACAUUGUGAUAUAGAAUAAGCCAGAUUUAUUAGUGUGCAUGGUAUGUGUACCAUGUAUAGAGUUUACUUCUAUAGCUGUCACUAAGUGUUGAUAGAGCUUGAUACAUAGCCUGCUUAGAUAAUGGACUAGGCAGCCGGGCAACAAGGUCAAUGCUCAAUAAGCUGUCAGCUGACAGGCAUUUCUUAUGAGACAAUGUUUUAAAUUAAAACAGAAUCAUGGAAAAGUGUUCUCCUGUCAGUAGCAACAUUGUUUUAAGUAUAACAAGAGAGAAAUUCUACAGGGUGUAUUAAUAGAAAUAUCUCCUAUGUUUAUAGAAAUGUGCCACAUUUAGGACAUAGAAACAUUAGACACUAACAGUGCAAUGUGUGUGAUAUAAAUAUUUUAUACGACUUUGUCAUCCAAUUUUGUGCUAUAUUGGUUUCUCUGGGACAUUCCAGUGUAGAUAAAGAGAAUCCGACUCAUCAUCGAAUUUGUCUGUGUUUCCCUGACUGCUGUUUGUGUGCGAGUGUUUACAUCACGAGUACUCCCUGUAUAUAGAUAUGUAAAUAUGUAAAAAGUACAUUGGAUUUAUCAUUGUUUGUAUAUAGCAUUCAGAUGUAAAUAUAUCCAAUGUAGAGAGAACAAAAAUCAAAAUGAAGUGUCAGCAGCAUAUUGCCUGAAGGAUUUUAUUGCUAUUGUUGUACAUUUGUUAUGAAUAUGUUGACAUCAUGACUAUAAGUCUUGUACGUUGUGUAUGUAGUAGUGACAUUUUCUUCUCCAUUGUGAAGUCAUCCAAUUGUUUCUUUAAACACUUCUGCUGAACGUAGUUAUGGACUACACUUUGGCAAUAACAUACCAUAGUUUAAGUGUUGGUCUGCUAGCAAUCUUUUUAACCGUCAUCUCCAGACAGUUGUAUAGAUUUGUGUUGUACAUGUAAAUCUUACUAAAUUUCAGAAAAUUAAUUCUAUUUGUAAUAUUGUUAUCUGUGCUCUCCCUUUGUAUUACUGUUCCUGUUCAAAAUCUGGCAACUGCACAACUUGGAACAAUAUUACUAGUGUAGAUAACACACAGCAAGUCCCUCGGUAACUCGAGUACUACGUAUCAUUAAUAACCCAAGUUCAAUUGUAAUAUUAGGGUUACUGAGCAUGGUACAAUGUAUCAUUACAGUCAAUAACUACGCUAGCUGUCGUGAUAAAUCUGUCAGGACAUCCAAAGUAACAUCUGUCUGAAAUCUUUCUGUCCAGAUAUCUUAGAUGCCUUCAAAUUAGGCAGAUAGUUUCAAAAUAUCAUUAUCAAAGUUCAGUUUUGAGGAAAUUCCACUCAAAAUCUGCUAGACCAUUUGAACUUAACAAUUCGGUUUUGUAUGGUUAUUAUCUUUGGAUCUAAGCUUACUGAAAUUUCAAGAGGUAAUACAUUAGUAUAUUUAAGUGUGCAAUAUGGGUGUCAUUGUUCUCGUAAGGUUGAGGCCAAUGUUAUUUGGGUUUUUUUUAACAUGCAUAUACUCAAGUGUAGAGAUAUAUACAGCUAUACAAGUAUUCUGUUUCAUAGAGAUACAGUUUGGUGUCCUACCAUCUUUGUUACUGCAUUGUCAUAAUGAGGUGACAAAAAAGUGGGAUACAUGACUUCUACCAAUCAAUGAAAAGUAUGGACUCCAUACCUUAGACAGCAUUGGAAAUAUUUACAUAAAUCUAGGCUAGAAAUAGCAUGUCUGUGUGUGUUAUCUGUGAGCAAGGUAGAAUGUUUAAUCAUUCAUCCAAAGUUAUUCUCCAUUAGUUAUAAUCUGUUAAAAUAAUGAAGAUCAUUUGAUAUCAUGUUAUGAGAUAAUUAUACACAUGGCUAAAACUGAUAUUAGCCUUUUCUUUUUUUUUUUUUUUUUUUUUUGUUGAAAAAAUUUCUGUUUUCUAAACAUAACUACCAGUAAAGUUCUCUUUUAUUUCAUUUUUUUCUUUUCAGUCUUCACUAAAUUGCAUCGUUCAUGUAUUUCUGUAUGGGUGUAAAGUGCUUAAAGUCCAAGUUUUUUGACAUGUAAAUUGUUUAUCAAACCCCAUAGAGAAAGAUUUUGUUUAUAAAUUGUAUGUUCUACCUCCAGUCUAUUGAGGUGUCUUCCCUUGAUAUUACCAACCUCUCAAAUCUUGUCACUGGCCAGAUACGAAAAUGCAACUGAUAUAAAAUUUCCUGGUUACUUCAGUUAAAAGGAUAAGAAUGUGACUCUUUCACAUAUAUAUACUUCUACACUGAUGUCUCAAUCAACAUCCAUUUUUUUACAAGUUUCCUGUAGCACUGAAAUACCUAUAAUGGUUUAACAAGAGACUGGUUAGUGACAGGUUUAGAGGUAACCCAGUGUACUGGGAUAUAAGGAUCUAGUCAUGAUGUACCUCCUAAACAGCUUCCUUUUACAAAACAUUGAUGUUUUAAUAACAUUUUCCAACUGAACUGCUUCAUAAUUGUUCAAAGUGUUUCAUGUACUCCCUGUAGAUGUAUGUUGUAUCAUUUUAUGUGGCAAGAAAACUAUGAUUUAAUUCCGCUGAGGAAUGGACAACACCAUCAUCGAAGUAUUUUUUGGUUUAACAGAUGGUCAUAUCAGUGGGCCAUGUCAUGGAGUCAUCACUAUUGCAUCUCUUUCAGUUUAAACAUUUGAGUACAGACUCCAAUAAAUGCUCCCAGUUACAGUGGUACAGAACAGUUCUAUAGGAAGCAUGGUACUGUCUAAAUGUAUCAAGGAAAACAAAACUCCAACAGAUGCUCUGCCCAAUGCAUAAAUUCUGUUAGAGGUUGGUUGGCUCAAAGGUUGAAUUUUAAUGGGAGUUGUCUCCCCUGUUCAUGUUAACUUCCCAAAUGAUCCCAGCGCUUGACUGAUUCAACAUUGUUUGCAUGGUAUCUCAUACAUGUAUUUCCUAGGCUGAGAAAGUACCAUUUUUCAAGAUAUAUUGUUGAAGUAAAAAAAAAUGGUUAAGAAAUUUUUCAGAUGCACAAUUUAAGAUUUAAUAUGUAUUGUAUUUCAUGUUAUGAUCAGCUUCACGUUUGAGAUCCCAUGUUUAUUCUGUGUCCUGGAGUCAGUGCAACCACUUCUGAUUAAUACAAGUUGGUUUUGACAGAACAAGACUUAGAUUCAACUUCGUUUAUGGAAUUCGGCUCAUUUUACUGGCAAGAUGUGGGAUUCAUUGAAGUGUAACUGAAUUGUAAAGAACGAAUUGUUCAUACUCAGUACAACAUAUGUGCAACAAUAAAAACUUUCUUUGUAUGAAGAAAUCAUAUUCUAGAAAUAAGCACCAAAGUCAUUCUUAUUUGUCAGGAAAGCUUGACAUUUCUUUAAAAGCUGGUGUGUGUACCUCCUAACAUUAUACAUUUCAGUGAAUUCAUAAAUCACACAGUUCUGCUUAAAGUCAAAACAGGGUAUGCCUUUACAAAUGGAAAAUAAGCCCCGGGUAGAUAUUGGCAAAAAUCUAGGAAUGCUUGUCUCUACAACACAAUACAGAAACAUGUGUGAUGUUCACAUUUCUGUAUGGUGUGUAUACCUGUGUUCAUUAAAUCCAACAUAACCAGUAAAACAGCAUGUCAUCUCGAUAUAAAAUAUCUUUAUUUAUUAAUUUUAUUGUAUCAUACAAUAUGUGUUUAUUGUGCAUUGAAAAAAAUAAAACACUUAACUCUA